AUGCGCCCCAUUCUGGUGCGGCAGGCCAGUGACAGUCAGCGGGUAGCUGAAACCUGCCCAAGUUGGACAAUACUUGCGCCGGCGCCCAGCGAAGCUGACGUCAAACCUGGGAAGCAAGCCGGCAGCCCGUCGCGUCAUAGGCAGCACCAUAGACAGCAGGGAUGCUGGAUAAGUGGCAUCAGCGGCGGUAGCAGUGGUGCUGAAGGAGACGCUGGCAGUAGUGGUGGUGGUGGUGUUGGAGGUGGUAGCAGUGGCAGUGGUGGCAGCGGUGGUGACGAGUCAGUGCUGAAGGAGAUGCUGGCAGCAGUGGUGGUGGUGGUGUUGGAGGUGGUAGCAGUGGCAGUGGUGGCAGCAGUGGCGACGAGAGACGCUGGCAGCAGUGGUGGUGGUGGUGUUGGAGGUGGUAGCAGUGGCAGUGGUGGCAGUGGUGGCGACGAGUCAGUGCUGAAUGAGACGCUGGCAGCAGUGGUGGUGGUGGUGUUGGAGGUGGUAGCAGUGGCAGUGGUGGCAGCGGUGGCGACGAGUGGUAGCAGUGGCAGUGGUGGCAGCGGUGGCGACGAGUCAGUGCUGAAUGAGACGCUGGCAGCAGUGGUGGUGGUGGUGUUGGAGGUAGUAGCAGUGGCAGUGGUGGCAGCGGUGGCGACAAGUGGUAGCAGUGGAAGUGGUGGCAGCGGUGGCGACGAUUCAGUGCUGAAGGAGACGCUGGCAGCAGUGGUGGCGGUGGUGUUAGAGGUGGUAGCAGUGACAGUGGUGGCAGUGGUGGCGACGAGUGGUAGCAGUGGCAGUGGUGGCAGCGGUGGCGGCGAGUCAGUGCUGAAGGAGACGCUGGCAGCAGUGGUGGUGGUGGUGUUGGAGGUGGUAGCAGUGGCAGUGGUGGCAGCGGUGGCGACGAGUGGUAGCAGUGGCAGUGGUGGCAGCGGUGGCGACGAGUCAGUGCUGAAGGAGACGCUGGCAGCAGUGGUGGUGGUGGUGUUAGAGGUGGUAGCAGUGACAGUGGUGGCAGUGGUGGCGACGAGAGACGCUGGCAGCAGUGGUGGUGGUGGUGUUGGAGGUGGUAGCAGUGGCAGUGGUGGCAGCGAUGGUGACGAGUCAUUGCUGAAGGAGACGCUGGCAGCAGUGGUGGUGGUGGUGUUGGAGGUGGUAGCAGUGGCAGUGGUGGCAGUGGUGGCGACGAGUGGUAGCAGUGGCAGUGGUGGCAGCGGUGGCGACGAGUCAGUGCUGAAGGAGACGCUGGCAGCAGUGGUGGUGGUGGUGUUAGAGGUGGUAGCAGUGACAGUGGUGGCAGUGGUGGCGACGAGAGACGCUGGCAGCAGUGGUGGUGGUGGUGUUGGAGGUGGUAGCAGUGGCAGUGGUGGCAGCGAUGGUGACGAGUCAUUGCUGAAGGAGACGCUGGCAGCAGUGGUGGUGGUGGUGUUGGAGGUGGUAGCAGUGGCAGUGGUGGCAGUGGUGGCGACGAGUGGUAGCAGUGGCAGUGGUGGCAGCGGUGGCGACGAGUCAGUGCUGAAGGAGACGCUGGCAGCAGUGGUGGUGGUGGUGUUGGAGGUGGUAGCAGUGGCAGUGGUGGCAGCGGUGGCGACGAUCAGUGCUGAAGGAGACGCUGGCAGCAGUGGUGGUGGUGGUGUUGGAGGUGGUAGCAGUGGAAGUGGUGGCAGCGGUGGCGACGAUUCAGUGCUGAAGGAGACGCUGGCAGCAGUGGUGGCGGUGGUGUUAGAGGUGGUAGCAGUGACAGUGGUGGCAGUGGUGGCGACGAGUGGUAGCAGUGGCAGUGGUGGCAGCGGUGGCGGCGAGUCAGUGCUGAAGGAGACGCUGGCAGCAGUGGUGGUGGUGGUGUUGGAGGUGGUAGCAGUGGCAGUGGUGGCAGCGGUGGCGACGAGUGGUAGCAGUGGCAGUGGUGGCAGCGGUGGCGACGAGUCAGUGCUGAAGGAGACGCUGGCAGCAGUGGUGGUGGUGGUGUUGGAGGUGGUAGCAGUGGCAGUGGUGGCAGCGGUGGUGACGAGUGGUAGCAGUGGCAGUGGUGGCAGUGGUGGCAGCGGUGGCGACGAGUCAGUGCUGAAGGAGACGCUGGCAGCAGUGGUGGCGGUGGUGUUAGAGGUGGUAGCAGUGACAGUGGUGGCAGUGGUGGCGACGAGUGGUAGCAGUGGCAGUGGUGGCAGCGGUGGCGACGAGUCAGUGCUGAAGGAGACGCUGGCAGCAGUGGUGGUGGUGGUGUUGGAGGUGGUAGCAGUGGCAGUGGUGGCAGCGGUGGCGACGAGUGGUAGCAGUGGCAGUGGUGGCAGCGGUGGCGACGAGUCAGUGCUGAAGGAGACGCUGGCAGCAGUGGUGGUGGUGGUGUUGGAGGUGGUAGCAGUGGCAGUGGUGGCAGCGGUGGCGACGAGUGGUAGCAGUGGCAGUGGUGGCAGCGGUGGUGACGAGUCAUUGCUGAAGGAGACGCUGGCAGCAGUGGUGGUGGUGGUGUUGGAGAUGGUAACAGUGGCAGUGGUGGCUUCGGUGGCGACGAGUGGUAGCAGUGGCAGUGGUGGCAGCGGUGGCGACGAGUCAGUGCUGAAGGGGACGCUGGCAGCAGUGGUGGUGGUGGUGCUGGAGGUGGUAGCAGUGGCAGUGGUGGCAGCGGUGGCAACGAGUGGUAGCAGUGGCAGUGGUGGCAGCGGUGGUGACGAGUCAUUGCUGAAGGAGACGCUGGCAGCAGUGGUGGUGGUGGUGUUGGAGAUGGUAGCAGUGGCAGUGCUGGCAGCGGUGGCGACGAGAGACGCUGGCAGCAGUGGUGGUGGUGGUGUUGGAGAUGGUAGCAGUGGCAGUGGUGGCUUCGGUGGCGACGAGUCAGUGCUGAAGGAGACACUGGCAGCAGUGGUGGUGGUGGUGUUGGAGGUGGUAGCAGUGGCAGUGGUGGCAGCGGUGGCGACGAGUGGUAGCAGUGGCAGUGGUGGCAGCGGUGGCGACGAGUCAGUGCUGAAGGAGACGCUGGCAGCAGUGGUGGUGGUGGUGUUGGAGGUGGUAGCAGUGGCAGUGGUGGCAGUGGUGGCAGCGGUGGCGACGAGAGGUAGUAGCAGUGGCAGUGGUGGCAGCAGUGGCUACGAGUCAGUGCUGAAGGAGACGCUGGCAGCAGUGGUGGUGGUGGUGUUGGAGGUGGUAGCAGUGGCAGUGGUGGCAGCGGUGGCGACGAGUGGUAGCAGUGGCAGUGGUGGCAGCAGUGGCGACGAGUCAGUGCUGAAGGAGACGCUGGCAGCAGUGGUGGUGGUGGUGUUGGAGGUGGUAGCAGUGGCAGUGGUGGCAGCGGUGGCGACGAGUGGUAGCAGUGGCAGUGGUGGCAGCGGUGGCGACGAUUCAGUGCUGAAGGAGACGCUGGCAGCAGUGGUGGUGGUGGUGUUGGAGGUGGUAGCAGUGACAGUGGUGGCAGCGGUGGUGACGAGUGGUAGCAGUGGCAGUGGUGGCAGUGGUGGCGACGAGUCAGUACUGAAGGAGACGCUGGCAGCAGUGGUGGUGGUGGUGUUGGAGGUGGUAGCAGUGGCAGUGGUGGCAGCGGUGGCGACGAGUCAGUGCUGA